AUGUCGCCUCCUGCCAGCGUCACCAUCACACAGCUCGAGCCCGUCGUCUUUCUCCGUGGACAGUCGUCUUCCGGCGAGGAUGCUCGCGGCCGGCGUCGCCCCGUCAACAUCGAUGCGCCUCCCUCUCAGCUCCGCGGUCUGGUCACUCUUUACCUCCCUAAACCGUCCAAGAUCAAGGAAAUCACUGUCUCGCUCAAAGGCACGGCAAAGACAGACUGGCCUGAAGGCAUCGGCCCCAACCGCGUAGAACUGGUCGAGGAAAUGUCCAUUUUCAAUCACACCAUCAGCCUUUACAAUGCAAAGCACGACAAGGCCAUCCCCGCGGGAUCCCGUCCUAGGAGCAAUUCAGUCGGCCCCGGGAUUGGCCUCCAAGAGGAUGUCGACUGGGACUAUGCUGCUGCCAACGCACGCGCUUCAGGCGCCACCAACAACACCCCCAGAUCCACCUCGGCUAGCGGCACGCGCCAAGCCUCCGGAUCUAGCCGCAGGGAUGACGACAGACCCAAAAGCUCCAACGGAAACGGUUCCAGCGGUGGCAGCAACCUGGCGCGCCAGAUUGCCGGUGCUGCCGCCAAAGCCGGCACUGCCAUGAUUCCACCCACUCUGCGUCCGGACAUGGGCCUCCAUAAGCACAAAGAUUCCUCCUCGUCUUCCUCCUCUCGCAACCGACCACCUCUUGAACGCACCGGCUCAGGUACCACAUCAUGGACGCCUUACGCAACCAGCCCUGAUUCCAACCUGACCACACCUGCUCAGUCGCCCUCCUGGUCGCGGUUGGGGCCCCCCACUUCCUCGUCCGGUUCUACAUCGCUCGCAACCACGCCCGCUGCCUCGUUCUUUGAUUAUCGCGGGUCACAUGCCGCACAGCACCAGGAUCUAUCUACGUGGCACGAGUACUUUGAGUCGCAGGGAUAUGAGCGUCCUCCUCUCUACGCACCUCGCUCAGCUCCUCUGCAAGGCUACGACGCCUGGCCCACCGAGCCUCCCCUCGAGACACCGUCUGCGAACGAGACGGUGGCUGGUGCCUCAGGGUUCAGUGCAUCCACCAGCACAGGACCUACCACAUCUGCGACAGCUGCAGGAAGCACCACACAGAAUGCUACCAACGUCGCCACGCCUUCGACUCCUGGCAUCCCUAUUGCAGGCCGGUCGCCUCCCAGAGCUACUGCUGUUUCAGUGUCAGGCACCGCUGGACCUCCAGGUAGAAGCAUCCUCCAUACCCAGCCAUCUGCCGCGCCCCGUGCCAAUCAACAGAUGGUGCGCUUCGAUCCGCAGUCUCGUGUCGACAACGCUGCCACACCUGCUAACGGUGGUGUCUUGCCUAAACCCAACGGUAACAAGAGCGCUCCCUCUAGUCGCCGUAACUCGGUGGAAUUGCACGACAACAACGCCAAAGCUAGCAAGGGCAAGACCAGCAGCAAGUCAAACAGCGACGCCAAGAUGAAGAAGCCAGGUUUCAAGACCCUCAUCAACGGUCUUCUCAAGGAGCCCGCCGCAGACCAUAAAGCGCACAGCGAAGAGGCGGCCAACUCAGACUCAAAGGAAUUCAAAAAGGGAACCUAUACCUAUCCCAUCUGCAUCUCGCUACCGUCCAACCUGCCUCCGACGCUCCACGCCGACUUUGGCUUCAACCGCUAUGUCCUUCGCGCCAAUGUCAUCCGAGCAGGUGCUUUGACGCCUAAUCUCGUCGCCGAACGCGAAGUCAAACUCAUCCACGCGCCGGACGAGGACGCGCUCGAAGAGACUGACUCGAUCGUUGUCGAGCGGUGUUGGGAAGACUUGCUUUCCUAUAUGGUUGUGUUCAGCGGCAAGAGUUUCCCCAUUGGUCAACAGAUUCCGCUCUGGCUCAAAUUUGUUCCGCUGGGCAAGGUCAAGAUCUACCGCAUCCUCGCCACGCUCGAAGAACGCACCGACUACUUUGCCAAAGGCAGGCGUGUGGCCAGACACGAAGUGCCCCGAAAGUGGACCUUGAUGAAGGUGGCUCAUACUUCGGCUUCCGAGCCCAUCUUGCCCAUCCUUUCGGACUCGGCGGAUGCUUUGGAAGAGAGUCCACUGGCCAACAUGGCUAGGGCCGCCGCCACCUCGGAUGACCAAGACUCGGAUGCGCUGCCGUCCAUCUUGGACCCUACGGGACCGUGGGAGCUGGCCGCAGAGCUCAACAUCCCGGCUUGCGGUACGACUCGGAUCAAUCUCAGCACCAACCAUUCGAAGUCGAACAUUGCCGUGCACCACCUGGUCCGCCUGUCAAUUCGCGUUGGCAAAUCGGACGGCGAUUGGGAGGUGUGGAACGACAACGUGGGCACGUCGAGUUCGGCAGCCGGCAAAACGACACCUCAGCUGUACGACAUCAUCAUCGAAGCGCCCAUCACGCUGACAUCAUCGCACACGGCGACGGAAUGGACCGCGCUGCCCAAUUACUGGAGUCUCCCCGCUGAGCCUGUUGACCAGGAUGCGGAUCACAGCGGGGAGGUGGACGUGCCCCUGCGGCCGGCGUUGCCGUCGCCCGUGUUGACGAGCAGGACGGGUUUGGUCGGGCAGAAUGCGAGCGCGAUCAAUGGGUUGGGAACCAGGAGUACGACGCCGACGCCUCUCCGCUCCCCGACGGGAAGCAGCGGAAGCGGAAUGAGCGGCUCACCCCCCAUGUCGCGCAAUCCCACCCAGCUGUCGAGGCGAUGGCUCGCGCUCAGUGCAGACCACAUCGGCAGGGAUGGUCACACUGCUGCUGCGUCAGGUAAUGCGGGUCCUUCUACUUCUGCGCCUCCGCCUGCGUAUCGGCCCAAUGCUCGAACGGGAGAGACUACUGUUGCCUCGACCAGCAUGAGUCGCUCGCCGUCUGAGACGGGUGCUGCCAACACCAUAGGCAGCGAUUCCACUCCUGUCGCUGCUACCGCUGCUACCGCUGCUACGGCCGCUACGGCCGCGGCGGCGACACAGGGCAACGCCUACAGCGUCGGCAUGGCCCAUUGA